AUGGAAGUAUCAAAGCUGAUGGUUAUACGCCGUGCACCCGGCAGUCUCGGCGGCGAAGUCUUUGGGGCAGAAGUGCCGAGCCUUCAGAAGGGCAGGCUUCUCCCUCUCAGGACUCCAGGCCCCGCGGCCAAGGCUGUCUCUGCGGCGGCCCCGCGCGGGACAGGCCUGGCUCUCCCGUUAACUCCGUCCGGGCCGGCCGCUCCCGUCCCGGCCCGAGCGCCUCGACCCCGCAGCACAGAGCGCCCAGAACCGAUCGCCCGAGCUACUGAGCUACUGAGCUCGUUACCCCCUCCGGAGAGCCCGGCGGGGCCGUCAGGCUGCCCAGACAAAGGAUACCGCGGCGCCCAGAGGCCGACGCCCGGCCGCGCCUGUCUUCCUCCCUCUCCCGCCCACCGCCAACCUCCAGUCGCCCGCAAAAACCCCCGAUGCCUCAGCUCGACCCCAUCGCUACCCUGGGGCGGCCGCUCGGGACGGGCCCAACGGGUAGCAGCGAAGAGGCCGCGGCACGCCAGGGCCGAGGAGGGGGCGGCGGCCGCCACCAUGUCUGCCCGCCCCUCCCAGAAGCGGGGUGCCCAGCGGACAAAGCGCAGCGGCGGGGCGGGCGGAGCGGGCGCCCAGGCCGACCCCGCCGACCCCCGCGGAAUAAGCGGGGCCAGGAGCCCCGGAAACCCGGCGCCUUAAUGCAAUAAACAGGAAAUCGCGGGGAUGAUCUGGGUUCCGGGGGAAGUGGAAUUAUUUUUUACCAGCGAAGAGAUCAACUUCCACAUCCGGUGGUAACAGGGCCCUACACAGACCCGCACUGACCUGGAAAAGCUUCGGGAGCGGCGACGGGGAGGCAGCAGGAGGUGGUGCGGGGACCCAAGGCGCCUCGUACCCGGCCGGGCUGACGCGGCCCCGCUACACACAAAGCGCUUCAGCUGCACAGGGCGCUAUUUUCCGAAAAUGCCGCGUCUGGUCGGCGCCCAAAAUCCCCACCGAAAAGUCCCCCGUGCUGCGCGCGGAGGGACACAUGGUGUGCGAGUGAGUCAAGCUCCCAGCAUCCCUCCCGGACGUGGCCCUCGUCAACUCCUCUUCCGAGGAUUUUCCGUCUCUGCACUCGUCGGCAGAUCCCGCUACUACCCACUCCCUGACUCUGUUCCGGAGGGGAGAGAGGAGAAAAAGGGUCUGAUUUUUUAACGAAGGGGAGGAAAAUAUGCCAUUUCUAGCGCUUCAGCCACACAAAGAAAGCGGCGGAAUGAUCCGCUCUCUGCGACCGCAAGUCCCGGCUCGCCCGGCGCCUGCGCGGCAGCGGGGGUGGGCGCUGUGGCCGGCCAUGUGCGCGGCGGAGAGGACGGGUGGCAGCGGAAUCUUCCCGCCUGUUUGUGCGGUGGGUAGGAGUUUGGAAACUGAUGUUCCUGUGCUAACCUUGGUGUCUCUGUGACGUGAUCGUUGAAAGACGGAGACUGCGGAAUCUUUGGAGUUUAAGCUUGCCAACUGAGCGGCCUAGCAGAAUCCUGGGAGGCGGAAGGACAGCCAGGAGGCUAGGAUUUACGUUAAAGUGGCCCUACAUUCAACUAGGCAGACUGGGAUGAGAGUCGCUGUGGAGGUACCAGGGAAGGAACGAGAGGGGUUCCUUUUCCACUUUUGUAUAAAAUCAGCAGUCAGGUUCAUGACGAAGAUGUACAUAUUUCUGUAGCUUUUUUUCCCCAACAUUGUAAUAGUGCCUCCCAUUUCGUAGACCCUUGUAACUGCUUGCUAAAUAUUCUUGGAUUACUGCCCUCUCAGAGGUAGAGCUCUGUUUCUCCGUGGCUGGAAUGUCAAAAAAUUUUGUUGUGUUCUAUUGAGAAAGUAGCAAAAGUUUGUUUGGAGAUGGAGAUUUGCAAAGUUAAAA